UUUCCGUGUUCGGUCUCCGCGUUCUUCGCGAUAGUCGCUAAAUACUUUUGUGAUCAAUUUAAUAUUGUGCACAUUUGUUAAUUUGGAUUAAUUUAUGUCAUCAAAUAUCAAUACGAAUAUGGAUUUGUUUGAAAAUAAAUUUCUAUAUCUGGAUUCAUUCGCACCGCAGACAACUGCAGUAGCACAGCAGUCUGUUGGAGGAAAUUUUGAUUAUACCUAAGUCCAAGAUAUUUCAAAUAACCAUUAUACAGUUCUAUCUGCGCCUACAACGGCUACAUCGACGUCUAAAAACGGCUCAAAAGAAAGACCAUCGCCAUUGGAACAUAAGAAAUAUGGUAGUUAUAAGCCAAUGGAAUGGGCGAUUGAAACCUUAUUAGAUUUAAUACACAUCACCAACGAUGGUAGAUAUAUUUUAGCCGAUGCUGAACAAAAUAAUGGGUCCCUAUCUGAUGAUUCGCAAAAUUUGCUUACACAACUUUUGAUCAAUCAUCUGUUUCAAGACAAGAGCAAAGGAAUUGAUCUAUUUUUUAGAAAAAUUUCCAAUUUAAUCGUUGAAGUAUUUCCUAAGGAGCAAAAGAGCAUUUACUUUAUACCAGCCAAAACAGAAGGUGCACAUCAAUCACAUGCUAAAGGAAAAUUAAUCGAACGAUGGAAAAAUGUGGCUAGACGACUACGAUCAGUUGGUGUCUUAUCUGUUGUAAAAAACAUUGCAACAUUCCAGAACUGACAAUUUCAUUUUCUGAAGAUAUAUAUGCUGCCAAGCAAUGGUUGGCAAAUGAUGGAUUAACUGCUAGUUUUGAAGUUGUUUUAUCUAAGUGGCAAUAUACAUUGGAGUUAAGAAAAAAUGAAAUUUUGAAUCCCA